CAGUUUAAUCAAACAAGCUUGGAGUUAUGAUCGAUGCCAAUGGCGUGAUCGAUAACAAAAAGUCAGAUAUCCUGUCGCAGGAGAUACCUACCGAUCAUAAUGAACAUCUGCGUAUUUACGGAUUCGAGAAGAGCUUGCCGAGGACCAUUUUAACAUAUGUAUCAUACGUGUUGUCAAUCGGAUGGAUCAGGCUGUUGUUUCACUGGUACCCUCGGCUGCACUUGUACGCUACUCAUCGAAAAUGCACGUUAGGUUGCGCAACGAAAAUACUUGUAAUAGAUGAUUAUCGUGGGGAAUACAAGUCGUACUUUGUGCGGGACGUUCAGAAAAUUUCUACACAAGACAUAAGGUGAGCCUGAUGGACGUUAUGUCACCAAAUCUUUAAAGCGCAAUGUGAUGACUCUGGUCGGCGAAAUGAUAUUGUUGAGAGAAAGAGAUUUUGCAAAUAUAUAAUUUUCGGUAAUUAUUUAGAUUAACGGAGCAACCUCGA